ACGCGUUCUACAGUCCCCCGACAGUCGUUCGUCUUUCGUGUGUCAUCAGCCCUGAAAAAAAAUUGUAGUCUCGUACCGUUAAGUAAUUACGUGAUUAGAAAUUCUUGUAUAUACGGUCCGUGAAAUAUAUGUGGAACAAUUGUCAUCGUAGUGUAGCGUUUGUUUAUUUAAAAUGGCGACAACCACUCGGAUCCUAGAAUCGGCUUUCAGUAGUUGAAAAUUAAUUAUAAUCGUAAAAUUAGCAAGUGCAAAAUGGAAACAAAACUGGAUAAAAGAGUAUGCGAUUAUUGUCCACUAGCUCAUUUCGACAGAGAGGGUUGCACGGUGACGACGUGCAACUGGCCGAUGUUGAAUGUCGAUCCACGGUGUAGGACAAAUCAUCCUUACGGUCGUAAAAUCGAGCCCAUAAAGGGUGUCAGAUUCAGACAGCCGUCAAACUCGCCGUUGAAUCUCGGUUACUGCACGAAUUUGAUGUAUCGACCUUUGAUCCAAGGAGGCAUCGCGUAUCGCGGGGUGUAUAAAAUAGUUCCCCUGGAUUUUCCUCCGAACGAUCCUGUACUUGCUCGACCCGGCCCGGUGAGACCCACGGAUUUCAAAGGAAUGACCGUGUACUGCCGUCCCUGUGCUUGAACAUCUAAAA